UAUCCAGCCCCGCCCUCUACAGGUGAUUUUAGAGUCAAGCCAGGAUGAAAAGAAGUGCUGAGAAGGGUGGAUGCUUUUGGGUGUAGCCGGAGAACGCUGGCUGACAUGUGAGGAUCCGACAGGACCCGCCUCUGACCUGGUUCCGCCCGAAAGGGGAAGCAGAAACAAACACAAGUCGUUUGUUUCCUCCUGUUUUGCUCAGUCAGGAGGACCGUCGCAGUUUUUUCACUUUCAAAAACUGCGCAGAAGUUUCCAGAACGGGUCCAGAGGUGUUUCGAACCCAAACGGACGGUUUUGCUUGCAUUCUCAAACUUUCCAAACUUCUUCACAUAAGCAGUUCAGGACGCCGGAACUUCCCCGGACUUCCUGUUCAUGUAUGCCGGUCAGAGCAGCGAGCUGUUAGUUUGGUUUGUCCUCACUUGUCUGUCCGUCUGUUAGCAUGAACAUGUUCAGGAAAGUCCCGACCCCCGCGGACCCCUCUGGGAUCAGCAAAGAGGAGCCGCGGAAUCCCUGCAAAUCCGGACGGGACGCGCCGGAGACGGAAACGAGCGUCACUUCAAAGCAGAAGUCUGGUCUGAUGAGAGCUGUGGAUUACAUGAACCCGCUGAACCUGAAGGUCGGCCCCUUCUCCGUCAGCAAAGCCUCAUCCUCCGAGUCAGUGGACGAAGGGUCUACACAGGUGUGUAGAACUCCAUCUUCAGAGUCGCUGCAGCAGAAGAAAGCUUCAAGCUCAGCUCAGAACCCGGGGAUGAUGAGAGGAGCCCUGCAGAAGGUGAACCCCUUCAAGUCUUCUGCUCAGGUGCAGAAGGAUGCUUCAGGAGAAGAUGCUGCACAUCCACAUGCAAGUGAAGAAGACCUCAGCACCAAACGGAACCCAGGAGGGAUAACCAGCAUGAUCCAGAAGGUCAACCCCUUCAGGUCUUCUCAGCCAAAGGAUGCUGAGUUUGGUGAGCGCCCACCCCGUGGUGAAGCAGACGAGGCCGUUGUUCCGGUGAAGGAGACGGCUCAGAACCCUGGAAGUCUGAAAGGAAUGAUCCAGAAGGUUAACCCCUUCAGGUCCCACACACAGGUGGCAGAAACCGAGACGGACUCUGCAGCCCCCCUGGACUCGCCUCAGGAUCCAGAUGUUCAGACUGAGAAGCUGGAGAGCUCUGGAAGCGUUGAUGACAACUCCAAAGAAAGAUAUUCUGUCUGGUACGUCGAUGCUGACCUCGGCGCCCCCAUACAGACCAAGGCCCCCACGAAAAAGAAGUUCAUUAUGAAGAUUCUCCCCAUGUCCUUGUUUGGGUUGGGAGCAGAGAGUUCUGCAAAUGCGUCCCAGGACUCCCAGAGUCUGCAGCAGGAGGCCGUUGAAGUUCAGACGCUGCAGCUAGCAGAGGUGCCGGUGCCCGGGGAGCCAUCACAGCUGGACCCCCUCGAGGAUGAAGAGGGCCUGUGGGCGUGGUGGAGAAACGUGGAGGGUUGGGAUAAGUGGAAUGAAGCAAACCCAAAUGAAGAUGAAGAAGUGGUGGAGGAAGCUGCUGACAGAGUCUUCAUGGCAGCUCGGCUCUUCGUGCGCCUCUUCAACAAGCACGGCGCCUCGCUCCAGCAGCGAAUCCUGGAGCUCCUGUCUGUGGCCGACUCUGCUGACAACUUCCAUAAGCGAACGGUAACAGCCAGUGUCGGCGGCGGGGUGGCCAGCGUGGCGGGCUCGGUCACCACUAUCACGGGCCUCAUUUUGGCUCCCUUCACUGCCGGGACGUCGCUCAUCGUCACGGCAGUUGGCAUCGGUAUCGCCACUGCAGGCGGAGUCACGUCUGCUUCUGCCAACAUCACAGAUACGGUCCAUUCUAAGACGGACCGCAAGAGGGUGGAGCAGAUGAUCAAAGACUACGAAAAGGAGAUGAAGGACAUCAAAGAGUGCCUGGAGUUUCUGGAGGAAGGGAUGGAGACUCUGGAGGAGUGGAACUUUGAGAAAUACGCAGAGAGCAUCUCAGAGAAGCACCUGAAUCAGAACGUCAAACAUGUGAUGAAGGAAGGCGGCAGAGCCGGCAAGGCUCUGGCCGUCAACGCCGAGUCUCUGAUCAGCACCGUGCAGGUCCUCAGCGUGGCCGGCGGAGCCGCCAAAGCCGCUCAGGCCAUCAGCGUCACCACUGGAGUCAUGUCAGGCCUCUUCCUGGCGCUGGACGUCUUCUUCCUGGCAAAGGAUUCCAUGGAGCUGAAGAAGGGAGCCAAGACGGAGUUCGCCACCAAGAUCCGAGCGGUUUGUAAGGAUCUACAGGAUGGACUGCUGGAGCUGAACCGCGUCAAGGAGCAGCUGCAGAAAACAAUGGAUGGGAUUGAGGUGAAGGUGGAGGUGGAGGAUGAGGAGAUGCUGAAGGCUGACCUGAAGAAGCUCAUUGAACUUAAAGAAUAAAGGACAGCUGCUACCAAAUGUCAGUAAAGAGCUCCAGUCUGAAGAUGAAUCAUAGUUUCUGUACAGAGAAAUGACUAUUUUAUGUAGUUUUUAAAGAUAAAUCCAAAGUAAUAAUAUUUAUACUUUGUUUUAUUUGACCUUUUGCACAAAAACGUUUCUUGUAUCUGUUUGUGUUUUACUUCCUGUCCUGCCUGCUGAGCUUUUGCAAUCCUGCAGCCUGAUACCCAGCAGAGAGAGGCAGAGCAGCUGAACGGAGGCUGACCUGAAGCCGAGCGAGACGUGAUCAACGUGUGCGCACGGAAAAAUGCAGAAAGACGACGACUGGAAUUUACCUGCUGCAGUUUAACAUCUGAUCUGAGAUGCAUGCUUGUUUCAUUAACCAAAAUCUGAUAAGAGUGACGAGAAAUGAAACUUAUUCUAAUCUGGGAGUAAAAGGAAGUGUUCAAUUUA